GCAGAGCUCUCUUCGAUGUCCAAUGGGAUCCUCUCUCGCGGGGCACGGGUUUCCUCUCGCAAGCUCGGCCGAAGCUCUUGCUACUACAUCUCGUGGAUAAGACGCAAAACAAAGUUGUGACCCCGCGGUUCAAUGUGACGUAAAAUCAGGGCCCCGACGUUGCACCGCGGUGGGAUGUAUUGAAUCUCUUUCGAUUAUCGAUAAGCUCGGGCUACCAUUUGGUAACGUCUUCCGUGACUCGCGCAACGGCAUGUGGAGCGGAGGGCCCGAUGGUAACGCGUGCGGAUGGUGCAUCGAAAGUGAGAUGUGACAUGGAAUAAGAUGAGAAGGUUCCCUUUUCGGGAGACCCUGUAAGAAGAAUGCCCAUGAGGCCAUCGCGACUCGCGAGGGAUGUUCCUGCAUGUCAUUUACAAGGAUGGCGGAGAGAAUAAUGGCAAUGAUUCUAAUCCCGCACGCUCAACCCGCCAUCGCCGACCCGGCAGCAGCAAGAAUGACUGUCAGACCUCCUCCGUCUAAGACAUCUAUAUGAGCGAGCUCUCCUCCUCCGAUACCAUGAUCUUGUCUCUUCAGUCUCGAGCAAGCGUAGGCCACUCACUCAUUCCCUCCCCCAAAGUCCGCCAAGAUGCUCGCCCUCCUCGCCCUGGCCGUGGCCAUGGUCACCGGCGCCCACGCCGCCGCCAACACAACCACCACGCUCACCCCCGUCCUGCGGCCCGAGUGCAACAAGACGGACCCGGCUAACCUCAUCCCGUCCAACGACAUCACUCUAAACUACGGCGCCGCCGACGACGUGAGCCUCGUCAGCGUCGUCCUGGCCAUGAAGUAUCCCUCGGUCGUCCUCGAGGAGGUCGCGGCCAUUGCGAGCGUAGAGUGUGCCGAGGAUGCGAGCAUUACCGUCACCUUCAACGCCACGGCCGCCUUUGAGCAGACGUCUCAGCAGUGGCAGGCGCUUGAUGACUUUGUCAUGGUUACGAAUCACCUGGGUAACUGCGACGCCGAGAACGAGCGCGGCUUCUUCUUGGUUGAUACCGUCACUUGGGACGCCGAGACUCUUCAGGUUGUUGCGAAUGCUCACAAGAGCGACGUUGCCAACACGGCUACCUCGACGGAGAUUUCCUUCUCCAAUGUCCCUGUUCGGAGCCCCGCCAGCAAGCGUGACAUCAAGUGGGACAAUGGCGGCGUUCACAUCACAAACACCCUCGCCCUCCCCGCCGACACGAACCUCUUCAGCUACGACCCGUACCUCUCCGUCACCGCCGACGAGGCCUCCCUGACGUCCAACAUGACCUUCUCCGGCACGCUAAAGUAUAGCAUCAUCCCUCUCAAGGUCGAGCAGCUCGCCCUCGACAUCGACACCACCUUUGACGCGGUCUUGGGUCUCACCGUCGACGUCAAGGCGCCGUACUCUGGUAACUUUACCUACGACCCCGAAGACCUGGGCUACAACUUCGUCGACAUCCCCGGCAUCAUCAAACUCGGCCCCGCAAUCGGCUUCGCCAUCGGCGUCGAACUCGAAGCCGACGCCAAGGCAUCCAUCACCACGGAUCUAGGCCUCUCCUUCCCCGACGCGAAACUCCACCUCGACCUCGUCGACGCCGCGUCCUCCUCCGCCACGGGCUGGGACCCCGUCUGGACCGCGCGCGCCAACAUUUCCGAAAAGGCCGCCGUCGGCGUGAACCCCUACGUCGACCUGGGCGUCGAGCUCGUGUUCGAGAUCCUCGGCGGGGCCAUCGAUCUCAGCUCGGGGGUGACGUCGCGCUCGAAGCUGGUGAAUGACUUUGUCCUGUCUGCGAGCCAGGGGGUGAAUGGGACGGGUGUGAGUGUUGGUCAGAAUACUACUGGUUGUGAGGAGGGGCUUUCGGUGAAGAGUGAUUUCUUUUUUAGCGUUGUUGGGUUUGCGACGCAGUGGUGGUCGCAGGAGCUUUAUAGUGUUGAGGUGCCUGUUGCGGAUGAGUGUUAUACUUGGUUGUGA